GUAUAAUAAUCCUAGUUUUCUCCAAAAAAGUUUUGUUUAGGAAAAUUUCUUCUUCAAUGGAGAAGAAGCCGAUUUUGUUGUUGUUGUUGGUGGUGAUUAUGUUCAUAAAUCUAACAAACGCCACCAUUAGUGUUCAGAUUUGUCCUAAAGGAUCUGCAAAAGAUUAUAUCUUAGGGUUUCAAGAUAAAUCAGCCUUGCAUCGUCUUGGUUUUGUCACCGAGGGAGAUGAUCGGUGGUUACAAGUGGCUUCUGAUAUGAUUGAUAAGAACAAGUGUGACUAUGUGGCUUUACUCUUUUAUGCAUCAUGGUGUCCUUUCUCCAGAUUAGUUAGACCAAGCUUUGAUCUUAUGUCUUUGUUAUAUUCAUCAGUUCCUCACUUUGCAAUUGAGGAAUCAUCAGUUAAAGCUAGUACCUUGUCCAAGUAUGGAGUUCAUGGGUUUCCUACUAUCAUCCUUAUGAAUUCAACAAUGGGCGUAGUUUACCGGGGAUCCAGAACUCUAGAUUCUCUUGUUGCCUUCUACAGUGAUGUUACUGGAAUUGAAACGCUGGAUGAAACUUGGGUUGAGAAUAACAGGUUAGUUCAUCAUUUCCACACAAAGCCAGAGAAUUGCCCCUUCCCAUGGGCAACAAGAUCACCGGAGAAUCUGCUUCGCGAAGAGACUUACCUGACUCUUGCCACGGUUUUCGUUUUGUUGAGAUUGCUACAGUUGAUUUCCCCCACAAUGGUUUUGUUAGCGAAAUCCACUUGGGGACGGGUUGCUCAGAAUAUGAGACCGCGGAACCUUCUGGAGCAUACCCUUGCCAUGUAUCUCAAAGAACCUUGCAUGAGUAGCAAUUUGCAGGAAGGAGCCAUGAAUGCUCGAGCAUGGGCUUCCAAGUCUUUGGCCACUGUCUCAAUUGGGGAGUCAAGCUCAUCAAGCAGAAGUGUUUCAGCUUCACAGUGACUUUAUAUUUUAACCUUCUUGUAUAAUAAACACAACUGUUCCUU